UAUGCUGCACCAUUCGUCAGUUGUGUACGAGAAACGGAAGCGAACGGAUCGUCGGACCGGACAGAGUAGAAGAGAGUUUUUCGUGUGGACGAUUUUCCUGAUCGAUUCGAGUGUGUGUCUGUGUAGCUGUGACGGAAAAACGGAUUCCGCUAAACAGUUCUAACACCAAAUCUGUUUCACUGUGAACUAAAAACUGUGUAAAGCUUGAUAAGCUGUGUGCAAAGCGAAGCAAAUGACAAGUUAUUCGCUAAAGUGGCGUGAAUAACCGAAGCAACCCCCCAGAGAGUGCAAUUAUCUGUGUGCCAAAAUCCCACCACUAGUCCUAGUGUUGUGCCGUGUGUGUGUGAAACCUGCAAACAAUGCCUCGGCCAUCACGCGAUUCGUACGGCGAUCAGAAGCCACCGUACUCAUACAUCUCCCUCACAGCGAUGGCCAUCUGGUCGUCGCCGGAGAAGAUGCUCUCGCUGAACGACAUCUACCAGUUCAUCACGGACCGAUUCCCAUACUAUCGCACCAACACCCAGCGCUGGCAGAACUCGCUCCGGCACAACCUAAGCUUCAACGAUUGCUUCAUCAAGGUACCGCGAAGACCGGACAGGCCGGGCAAGGGCGCCUACUGGACGCUACACCCGAAAGCCUUCGACAUGUUCCAGAACGGAAGCUUGCUCCGUCGGCGAAAGCGCUUCAAGCUGCACCAGAACGACAAGGAGUGCCUGAACGAGGAGUUUAUCGCGCUGGCCAACAUGAACCGAUUCUUCAUGGCACAGAACGGUGCACCGACGUACCACCAUCACCAUCAUGAUCCGGCCGCCUAUUAUCCACCACUAUCGGAACCGAGCGUGGUGUAUGCGCCUAUCUCACCGCCGCUUUCGCCACCGGAGGACAUCGGUGGAGUGCUUGGUGGGUCCCAGGUUGGAGGUGGAAGUGUUGCCGGAUCCGAGUCACCUGUCAGUGUUGCUUCCCUGCCAACCACAGCACCAGCGACAGCGGCGACGACGACAACGACGGCCACGAGUAAUCCUAAACCAAAGCGAUCCUUCACGAUCGAAAGCCUGAUCGAGCCGGACAGUUCGUCCGAUUCGGAGGAAAGCACAGCACCACCGUACCAGCAGUUCCAGCAGCAGCAACAGCUAGAACACCUGCGCCAUCUAAGUCAGCAGCAGCUGAUGAGCAAUCUGACCGCGUUCAACGAGUAUGCGGCAGCCGUGCAACAUCACCAGCAGCAGCACCAGCAGCAACAGCACCAAGCAGCCGUAGCCGCAGCAGCCGCAGCGGCGUAUGCAGGAAGUGUCCCACUGCAUCCGCUACUCCUACCGCUAGGGAAGAUGCAAUCACCCGCCACCUACUUCCUACACUCCGGUGCGCCCUACCACCAUCAUCACCACCAUCCUCACCAUCUGCAUCAUCUCUAUCCUGGCCAUCUACCGACGUCCUCGGCAGUCGCGGCAGCCGCUGCAGCUGCCGCAGCAGCAGCAGUCGCGGCUACCGGACCAACGCACCUUCAUCAUCCGCACCACGAGCUAGUGGCCCAUCAAGGUUUGCGCCCGGAACCACCGACGCUAGCGAUCGCGUAAGGAAGCUCCCCUACGUGCGUUACACGGCGUCCAGCACAGCUUUAAACAAACAGCAACCUCGAGCUACUACGACUACGGCAAUACGGCAAUAAUAGCAAGAAAUGGUGCUCCAGAGAUAUCGUCGUUCCUCGCGAGGGUUGGAAUGGGUUUUAUUAUUUUGGACUGAAUUGUGAUGUUUUUUUUUGUGUGUCGUAACUAUUAGACUAUUAGAUUUUAUUUUUUUGACUCGAUUUUAAGUGCUUAGAUUAUUACGAGAUGAGAUAGAAAGAGAGAGAGAGAGAGAAAGAGAGAGCGAUGAAGUAUUCUUUUUUGCGUUGUAAUAGUCUAACCAGCCUAAUGUGACGUUAAUAAAAAUUGGUUUAUUUUAUGCCUCGCAAACUGAAGAGGUAAGAGAAUAACGAAAAAUGCAAGCGAAAACCCCGUCGGCAGUUUUAUUUUCGGUCCGUGUUCUGUGUUGAGAGAAAUGGUAUCAUGGGAACUAGUUGGCAAUUUUAGCUGCAAAAUAUAGUUCUGAUUAUAAUUGA